AAGCGAGUUCACGUCCAAGUCCACCUCCUCUUCCCGUACACGAUCUCACUUCUCCUUCCCCUUCGUCUCGCCGCCGCCGCCACCGCCGCUGCGCAGACACCGCAGGCCAGGAAGAGACUUGAGAGAGAGAGAGAGAGAGCCAUGAAGAAGACCAAGUCGGCGGCGGCAGGGAGGCAGCCGCAUGCGCAGAACGGGCACGUGCUCCCCUCCAAGCUCGCCAAGUACCUCGACCCCGACGCCUCCUUGGACAAGGAUCAAUUGCUGGACGCGGUUCAUUGGAUCCGGCAGGUGUUGGGGCUCGUCUGCGGCUUGCUCUGGGGAGCCGUCCCCCUCGUCGGUGCCGUCUGGAUCGCCCUAUUUCUGACUAUCUCUACUGGCAUUGUCUAUUGGUAUUAUGCUUACUUGUUGAAGAUUGACGAGGAAGACUUUGGAGGCCAUGGUGCCCUACUUCAGGAAGGGCUCUUUGCCUCUUUCACCCUUUUCCUGCUUUCAUGGAUUCUGGUAUACAGUCUGGCUCACUUCUGAGAAGCCCCUCUGUUGAAGUCCGUCAGGCAUUUUUUCAGCAUUCAUGUCAUUUACCUUUCUGUAGAAUUGUAUUAGUCGCCAUGGAUGUACCAGAUUCAGUAGGUUAAAGUUAUAUAGAACAGCACUGUGUCAAGCUAUUCCUGUACCUUUUCUGAAUAGAUCGGUUGCGUUGUAAUUUUGAUAGUUUUGAUUCGAUCCAGUGUGGUCUAGGGCUUCGCUUGUGGGCUCAUGACCCUGAAACUGCUCGUCUGAUUCUUAAUUGUUUGAAUACAGCGUCGGUGAUUUCUGUUUUA